UAAUUGUUUAGAUCUGGCUGCGGGCCCGUAAUUUCUUCCCGGGUCAGCAAUUACUCCACGGAUCCCUGUCGACUGUCAACCAUAUGGUAGGAGGUACCGUUAGUGCCGUGGGCCCUUAUAUAGUGAUAGUAGUUUCUGGGAAUGUGUUUCCCAUUAAACCGGGAGGAGACAGAUGUAACAUGAUUUAUUUGCGGGAUAUAGCACAUCAGCCUAUCCGCGUACCUACCAUAUUUCUUAGUCACCGGUAUGGUGCGCUAAUUGCUGACAUAUAAUUUUCUAUAGUUGUCAUAUCCGGCUUAUCUAACUGGUUGGUUGUUAUUGAAAUGUCGACGUCUCUCUUGUGUUAGGUCCUUAUUUUCAAUGAUGCGCGCGCUCUUUGUUGCGGUACUGCACAUAUUGCUGUGACCAUGGAAUAUUCGGUGUAGUAAUCUGAAAGAGAAACUAUUCGAAAUUUUUUAAAAUGAUAAUAAUGCUUCAUCGCGGCACCCACCAAAAUUGUUAAGCACAUCUUGAUUGACGCAUUAUAUCUGCGCGUCAACGGCAGUUAACCUUUGUGUUUUACUAUAAUAUAUCAAAUACCUGGAAGAUGUCCAACCCGAACAUAACCGCUGCAUUUCCGUGGUCAAACCGGACCGUUGUGUCGCCCACCGCCCUAACCUUUUGGUUCAGUACAACGAUGACCAUUUGUCUCUUCGGCACCGUCUCCAUCAUUCUCCUAAUCACCGUCAUCAUAUCGAAAAAGGCCCUGCGCAACGGUGCCGGUAUGCUCAUCUUUUACCUCCUGUGCCUUGAGCUCUUUCAGUGCUCCUUUAUGACACCCCUUAAAACCAUCACUUCCUUCGUCAUCCAUCAGGGCAUCGCGCUGCCGCUGAUCCACUGUCCCACAUUGCAGUUCUUUUACAUUGUCACCCUGCAAACCCGGCAUUGGACGGAACUGUUCUUAGCCGUUAAUCGUUUUGUGGCCACCAUUUUCCCUUAUCAGUACAAAGCAUGGACCGGUCACCGGGUCAUCUAUUCCAUGAUAGUGCUCAGUGUACUGAUACCGGCGUUGUGUAACCUGCCGUUCUACGCCACGGAUAAUCCCCUCUUCGCCAAAGUCCCACCGGUCGGCAAUUGUGGGAUUCGUCAGAGUGCGACACAGUAUUACCAGAUCGCCAGUGUCAUUGGAACGUAUAUUCCCCUCUUGUUGAUGGGGAUUAUCUAUGUGACGUUGUUUGUGACCAUUAGCUGCCGGCAGAAGUGUCUGAAGAAGAGGCGCUCUGAGUGCCACGUGGACUCCUUGACGGCGCAGCGGAGGGUGAAGAGGCGCUUGGCGGUGGCGAAGAUCUUGUUCAUGGCCUACUUAUGGUAUCUUGUGUGUUUCCUGCCCAUCCCGCUCAUCGGGACCUUCAAACGGACGCUGUAUUCCAAGUAUUCGUAUAUUGUAUUGUGGCUCGUUACCGGAGUUGUAUGCGGUACUGUUGCGACGCCGAUAUUUUGCUCGGCAAUGGAUAGCGAUUAUCGAAACGGGAUCCGUAAAUUACUGUGUACAAGUAAACUCCUUUCGGUAGUUGCCGGUAUUACGGAGAAAAAGAGUUCGAACGACAAGUCCUGCAGCUGCAGUCAUGGCAUCGAAACCAGCACGCAGGAGCGGCUGUAUGUUUUUCUUGGCUCAUGGGAAAGCCAAUUAGCCAGCGAACUAACAACGAUUGCCACUGGUCCCCUGAGUUUUACACGAGGAAAAUAAUUCACUUGAAUAAAUGUUGUUGGCUCUGUCACCAACUUUUACCAUGGCUGUAGAAGGAAAGGUCAUGCAUAUUUUUUAUAUGAUUUCGUGUGAGAUCGGGAGGCCUAAAAAGUAUGCCAUUGUUACGUCAAUUACCGUCUGCAGACGAAUUAUAACCAGAGUCAGAGCUAUUUUUGUUAUUAAAUGCAAUGAUAUAAACGUUUGAGCUUUUGUAGCACGCAAAUUGCAGUGUUUUCAUCGGGAUGCUCGACAAUGGUG